CCUCGGUGAUCACUGCGUCGCUUUCUCGCUUUGGCACCGCCCCUGCUCUGCUCACUGGCAAUUGCUGCUGCUGCUGCUGCCUGCGCUGCGCUCGCAGUAGUCACUCACAGUGCCCGCUGCCCCGCCCUGGCCCUGCUGCCAAAAGGAAAGGAGGAUCGCGAGCAGUCAAUUGCGCCGAUCCCCUGGGGGUUUUUAAGGGGAAACGAGCGAGGAGCGAGGCUGAAUUGCUGCGAGUGAGGCCGGCCGCGCGAGAGGGAGGAGGAUCAGGCGGCGAGGGGUUGGGCUGUGUUGCUGCGCGGCGGCGCGCGGCGGGCGGGCGAUGGGGCGAUCGCCGUGCUGCGAGAAGGACGGGUUGAAGAAGGGGCCGUGGACGCCGGAGGAGGACCAGAAGCUGCUCGCCUACAUUGAGCAGCACGGCCAUGGCUGCUGGCGCUCGCUGCCCGCCAAAGCCGGGCUGCAGCGGUGCGGCAAGAGCUGCCGCCUCCGGUGGACGAACUACCUCCGGCCGGACAUCAAGCGGGGCAAGUUCAGCCUGCAGGAGGAGCAGACCAUCAUCCAGCUCCACGCGCUGCUCGGCAACAGGUGGUCGGCGAUCGCGACGCACCUCCCGAAGCGCACGGACAACGAGAUCAAGAACUACUGGAACACGCACCUCAAGAAGCGGCUGGCCAAGAUGGGCAUCGACCCGGUCACGCACAAGCCGCGCUCCGACGCGCUCGGGACAGGCGGCGGAGGAGGGCCCGGCGGCGCAGCGGGCGCGCAGCACGCCCGGGCCGCGGCGCACCUCAGCCACACGGCGCAGUGGGAGAGCGCCAGGCUCGAGGCCGAGGCGCGCCUGGCGCGCGAGGCCAGGCUGCGCGCGCUCGCAGCCUCCGCCGCCUCCGCGUCCUCGUCCGUCUCGGCGCCGCAGCCGCAGAUGCCCGGACACGCCGCGGCGCACCGGCUCGACUCGCCGACGUCCACGCUCAGCUUCUCCGAGAGCGCGGCGCUCGCAUCGGUCCUGCAGGAGGCGCACGGCGCCGCAGCGGCUGCGGCCGCGGCCGCGCGCGCCGCCAUGCAUCCCAUGCAGGCGUACGAGGUGGCGUGCAAGGAGCAGCAGCAGCAGUGGGGCGAUCAUGUUGUCGAUGUCGCUGACGCAGGGUUCGCAGCGGCGGGGUUCACGGGCCUGCUUCUCGACGGCUCCUUGAGCCAGCAGGAUCUGAGGCCGGCGACGAGGAACGACGAGGACGCAGCCGAGGCGGACGCCGGGCUGCAGGAGACGGAGGAGGAGAAGAACUACUGGGACAGCAUAAUGAACCUGGUAAACUCGUCGUCGUUGCCGACAUCAUCAGUAGCAGUGCCCGCUGCCGAGGCGUUCCCGUCUUCGGCGUCGUUACCGACGUCAAUGGCGAUGCCCGCGCUCGAGGCAUACUCGUCUCCGGCGUCGUUGCUGACGACGACAGUGGCGAUGCCCGCGCUCGAGGCGUACUCCUCGUCGUCGUCGCUGCAGACGUCAGUCGCAAUGCCGGCGCCCGAGGCGUACUCGUCGUCAGCCUCGUUGUCGACGUCAGUCGUCGCUGUGCCCGCGCCCGAGGCCUACUCUCCGGCGCUGGAGUUCUGACUCGUGAGCCCUGGACAUGUUCGCCGGCAUCCGGGAAAUGACACAGUAAAUAGCUAGCUACUUAUUUCGGAACAAUAAGGUCGAAGUACUACUAAUAUUGAUGGUUAAACUCGCGGUCUUGGGUUAAUUCUGACAGCACCCUGAUUAAACAUGUGAGAAAGAUGGUUGUACCGAAUUUAGAAUCUGUUACUUGUUCACCAGUUGCCAAAGCGUCUUCUAGACUGUAGAACAGUGACCAGAGCGUCUCAUCUUUGCUCUGUAUGUAAUUCGACAACCACUUUCAUCAGCAAUAUAGUGGAGCUAAUCGAAAUGGGAAGAACUCUUUUCUAUU